GGCGAAUCCUCAAAACAAUCUCGCUUUUCCAUCGGAUGGGCAAGGAGAUAGACGGACAAAUUAGAGUUGCAAGUUGAAUAAGUGAGAAGGCUGAAAUAACUCGCUCUUUGUUCUGCCUCCUUCUAGAUGGAUGUCCAUGGCAGAAUAAGAGAAAUUCUUGCCGAGACUAUACGAGAAGAAUUAGCACCUGACCAACAACAUUUAUCAACAGAAGAUCUGAUCAAAGCUCUCAGACGUCGAGGAAUCAUUGAUGAUGUAAUGAAAGAGCUUAAUUUUGUGACUGAUAGUGUUGAUCAAGAACUCCCUUCUUCUCCAAAGCAAACUGUUGGUUUUGAUAAGCAGUCAACAUUAAAAAAAACUAACAUUGACCCAGCACGGAGGUAUCUUUACCUUCAGGUUUUGGGUGGAAAAGCUUUCUUGGAACAUCUGCAGGAACCGGAGCCUCUGCCGGGGCAGAUCUGCUCAACUUUCACUCUAUGCUUGCACUAUCGGAACCAGCGGUUUCGCUCAAAGCCUGUGCCCUGCGCUUGCGAGCCUGAUUUUCACGACGGUUUCUUGCUUGAAGUUCACAGAGAAAGUUUAGGUGAUGGGACUAGAAUGGCCGAUUCAACAACAAUGCUAUCAAUAAGUGAUCCAAUUCACAUGGUCCUAAUCAAAACAGACAUAUUUGGUGAGACCACUUUAGUUGCAUCCUAUUUCCUGGAAUGGAGAUCUGUUCUGGGCUCAGAAAAUGGAGUGACCAGCCUGACUGUGGAGCUCAUGGGUGUAGGCACAGAAUCAAAAGUUUCCGUGGGAAUUUUAAAUAUAAAACUCGAAAUGUACCCACCACUCAGCCAAACGCUGUCUCAAGAAGUAGUGAACACACAGCUUGCCUUGGAACGCCAGAAAACUGCAGAGAAAGAGCGAUUAUUUCUAGUUUAUGCUAAGCAGUGGUGGAGAGAGUAUUUGCAAAUUCGACCCUCACACAAUUCACGGCUGGUCAAGAUUUUUGCCCAGGAUGAGAAUGGGAUAAAUAGACCAGUUUGUUCCUAUGUUAAGCCACUUCGAGCUGGACGACUUCUGGAUACUCCGAGACAAGCGGCUCGAUUUGUCAAUGUCCUUGGUUAUGAGCGAGCCCCUGUCAUUGGAGGAGGCGGCAAGCAGGAGCAGUGGUGCACUCUGCUGGCUUUCCUCUGUAGAAACAAGGGUGAUUGUGAAGACCACGCUAACCUGCUGUGCAGCCUUCUUCUUGGAUAUGGACUGGAGGCCUUUGUCUGUGUUGGGACGAAGGCCAAGGGGGCACCUCAUGCAUGGGUUAUGACCUGUGGAACUGAUGGGACCAUCAUGUUUUGGGAGAGUUUAACAGGGCACAGGUACAUCCACAAGCCUACGAAUCCUGAUGAACCUCCUCUUGCUGAGCAGCCCAAACCCCUGUACCCCUACCGAACAGUCGGCUGCGUUUUCAACCAUCAGACGUUCCUGGGGAACUGUCAACCCUCGGAUGCAGUAGAGACAUGCGUAUUUGAUUUGAAUGAUGAAUCUAAGUGGAAACCCAUGAGCGAAGAAGCAAUUAAGUCUGUGUGUGCUCCAGGUGCUACUACGUCUCUCCCUCCCUUCCCCCCUCUGUGCGCGUCCACGAUUGACGCGUCAGCCACGAGCAAUGAAAUUGAAAUGCAGCUAAGGCUGCUGGUGUCGGAACACAGAAAGGACCUCGGCCUCACUACUGUCUGGGAAGACCAGCUCUCCUAUCUUUUAUCACCAGCUUUGGCUUCAUAUGAAUUUGAGCGAACGACAAGCAUAUCUGCAGGCAACGAAGAAUUCCAGGAUGCCAUAAGGAGGGCUGUACCUGAUGGCCACACAUUUAAAGGGUUCCCCAUACAUUUUGUGUACAGAAAUGCAAGGCGUGCAUUUGCCACUUGUCUUCGGUCUCCUUUUUGUGAAGAAAUAAUCUGUUGCCGUGGAGACCAGGUGCGACUGGCAGUUCGUGUUCGAGUGUUUACCUACCCUGAGUCUGCGUGUGCUGUUUGGAUCAUGUUUGCUUGUAAAUAUCGCUCGGUAUUAUAGGACUAACAUUUCCUAAGAAUUAUUCCUGGGUUUUAUUAGAAUUGUAUAUGGAUAGCUGUGUGAAGGUUUCUUAAUUUAAAAUCAGCCUUUUGGAUGUCAUUGUUUUGUAUAGAUCUGACUGGUAACGUUUUAAAAUAUCAUGUAUGUACUUAAAAAUUAAGGAUAAAAAUUUGUACUGAAUUUAGUAGAAUUAAGGGUAUGAUAAUAAAUGGUACUUUGUUUUGAGGGACUCAGUAGUUUAAAUGUGAAUGUAAGAUCUGCUACUUCAUAUUAAUAAGUAAGUAAAGGGAUUUGUCUAAUGGUUUAAGCCAUAGCUAAAUCGAAAUGGUCAUUAUUUUUCAUAAAUGAAAGAUUAUUUUACACGAAUUGGGAGAAAUUAACCUCAUAAUAGUUUAUUUAUUACAUAGAUGAAGAUAUAUUUUGCUAAAUUAAUCAUUUUUGUGUGGUACUAGGGGUAUAUGAGGCUUCCCAGAAAUCUGUGAAGACUUUUAUGUAAGAAAAAAGCUAGGUGUGGUGGCACACACUUUUAAUUCCACAAGAGGCCAGCCUGGUCUACAUAGCAAGUGUCAGGGCUAUACAGUGAGAACCAGACUCCAAAACACAAACAACGACGACAAAAGGAAUGUGGUAACCAAAAUGCUGAAUGUUAAUAACAAAUCGCACAUGGAUAUGGACUAUGAAUAAUUUAUGGAUAUUUCUAAAAUCCAUUGAGCACUUUAGAAAGUGACUUAUUACAUGUCAUUGUCACGAUACUGGCUGCUCUUUAGUUUUUGUUGUGACAAAAGCAUCAGCCUGUUGCCAGGCUGUGGUGGUGCAGACCCUUACUUCCAGCACUAGGGAGGCAGAAACAGGCAGAUCUCUGUGAGGUCAAGGCCAGCCUUGUCAGUAGAGCUAGCUCCCGGACAGCCAGGGCUACACAGAGAACCCGGCCUCACAAAACAAACAAAAAACCCAAGAAAGAGACCGACCAGCCUACAUGUGAUUAGUGUCGUGGGAAAAAUCAUAAGAGGCUAUGGAGAAAAUGUGAACUUAUAUUUUUAAAUCGAGGAAAGUUUAAACAUUUUAAGAGGGCAAAAGUAAGUAUUAAAAACUAAAGGAAUUCGACUUGUAGCUAGUGAUGGCUGUUGUGACUGUCUGCUCUGCAUUUCUGUGCAGAGGGUUGUUUUGUUUUGGUGAUAGUAGGAAUUAGAUCAAGGGCUUCCUCCAUGCUCGGCAAACACAACCUCUGAGCUGCACCCACAGCGUCUCAACUGUGUAGCUCCGGCUGGCCCUGGCUGGCCCCGGCUGGCCCAGGACUCACAGAAAUUUGCUUGUCUCUGUGUGCAGUCCUUACUUUGGUUGCUUUAUCCAUUGGUCUUCUAAAGAAAUAAGAGUAUAGCAGUUCACUAUCCAAAGUAUUUAUUCUUUUCACUACUUGCUGUUGCAAAUAAAAUAAUUUUAUUUAUUUA